GCGUCGCCUUGCCUCAGCGGUGUGGCUUUGGACAAAUGGAGGAAGUACAUUUUAGAUGUACGGAAUAUCAAGCCCGAGAGUGUAAAUUAUAUGUUAGUCGAAUUGAAAACAUUGUCCACCGAUGUUAUUUCGCUCGACGCAAUGAGAACUUUGAUCAUUCUGCCACACUUGAAGCCUUUGCGCGAGGAACUAAAGGAUGCGUUAAAGACUGGAUUGCUGUCUCUGUAUCAGCGAAUGUUGAGGCAUGACAGUGCAGAAGAUACCAGGAACAUCAGUGAAAUAACUUUUGUAUUUUUAUUGACGCUCGAAUCGAUGAUACACGUGUCAGAGCCGGACGAUCUUCACGAGUUUUUGCUGAAGUCUGACGUGAGAAUAGUCGAUCUUGUUACCAGAUAUUACGAUAAUAAAUUCAUCUUGAACGCGAUAGAUCUGUGCCUAACGUACUUCGCAGCGUCGCGAUGCCACAAAUAUUACAUCAACCCGGCCUCGUUCGACACGUUGCACAACAACACAGUGAAAAAGAUGGGCUCGCCUUACAGCAAUGUGCGGUUGAUUGUGGCACACUUGUACUCUUUGUUCGCCAAUGUGGAAGAGCUGCGGUGCCAGAGGCAGGAUAACGGGAAGAGUGCUGCGGAGCUCGUUUACCUAGCUGAAUGUAAACCCGCGACUAUACAAACGUACCGUGACAAGUUGUUGCAUUUGCAAGCCUUGGAGUUUCACGGUCGCGCGCUGGCCAAUCUGGAUCCGAGGUAUCGCGAGUUCCCGUUGCGAUGUUUGAUCGCUAAUUUAUACGUGAACUUCUCCCUACUCUGGGAGCCUGUGAGCGCGAUUAUAGCUGGUUAUGGCAACAAGGAGUGUCCGCAGUUUUGGCCGACGUUCCUCUCCGAAAUAACGUCCGAAGACAAGCCGGAAGUCGAAUGGAGAUCGCCGUAUCAUUGUCACGUCGUCUCCUCGCUGAUAACGUCCGUGGAGGAGCACAAGGACAAGCCCGAUUUCGAGAACCACAGGAUCCUCCUGUGGAAGUGCAUGGCGCGCUUCUCGCACUACGCCGAAUCGAAAAACAGAGACUUAACCGUGCUCUUCAUCGACUUCGUGAAUGCGAAUUUCUUCAGAUCCAAUUCGGACGACGGCAAAUCCUGCGAUAUCGGGAAGCGCAAGGAGUCGUCCGACGCGAUGGAAGUACCGAGAAGUGCCGUCGAGAGUGCCGACGAAGAGGAGGACGCGAGGGCCGCGCCGACGAGUAAGAUGAGCAAGAAUCACAGGAUGAAACUCUUAAUCGCCCAGAUGGAGAUAUUCGGUAAAGUGCAGAAUCCGAGAGUCCUGCACCGGGGGGCGGAGAUGCGUCAGAUUUACCUGGAUCUGCUUUCCUCGAAGAACGCCGAUGUGCAAAGGGCGGCUCUGAAUUGUCUCUUCACCUACAAGUACGACUAUCUCCUGCCGUACAAGGAAUCUCUGUACGGUCUGAUCAGCGAGAAGAAUCUCCGGACCGAGCUGGCACGCUUCAAACUGGACGCGGAGAGCAACGUGAUACAGGAGGAGCAUCGGCAGGAUCUCAUGCCGAUCGUGAUGAGAAUCGUCUACGCCAAGAUGAUCAUGAAGACCGGCAUGAGGAGCGGCGGGAAGGCCGGCGGGUUUGCGCGGCGGAAGGUCAUAUUGCGCUUCUUGGGCGGUACGCGGGAGGACGAGAUGAUCGAGUUCGUGAAGAUGGCGUUCCGACCGCUCAGGUCGUACGUGCCGGUGGAGACGUUCGACCUGGGCCGACACGCCCGGAAGAUCGUUGACGCAGUCGACCUGGGCAGCAUCAUGCCGCCGAAACGCAUGCAGAGCGCGGUGAACUUGCUGGCGAUAAUGAUGGAGCAGUUCGGCGGCGAAAUGUCGGCGAAGUUGCUGCCGCAUUUGCUCGGAAUGCUGAUCUGCAUCCUGGCCGAGGCGACCGGGAUCCUCCGCCGAUCGGAGGAGGUUUACCCGGGCUACCUGCCGGCGAUCAAGAACGUGAGGACGAGCUGCGUCGGCGUGCUCGCCAGAUUCUUCGCGCAUUUCGAGGACUACGAGUGGAAGCGGCACGAGAUAGACGCAGUCUUCGACGUCGCGGUCUUCCCCAGGUUGGAAAAGUUGCCCGUCGAGAGUAUCCACAGCCCCACGACCUUGUUGAAGCUCCUCAUGGCCUGGGGAGAAAACCCGCGGUAUUACCCGUUGUUCGUGAAGCACCGGGAAGACGACAAAUCCGUGACUCCGCUGCACUACGUUUUGCAACUUCUCUCGAAUCCCAGGACGCACGGGUCGGUCGUCAACGCUGUCCUGGCGAUUGUCGAGAAGAUGCUGACGCUGCAGGACUACGGUGAGAUGCGGGUCGACGGGCCGCCGUUCUUACCGCUGACGCCGGUGUUGACGAAUUUGCUCGAGGUGGACGAGAAGACGCUCUCGAACGGGGUUAAUUACGGCUCGGCGAUCCUGCUGCCGCACGUGCCUCGCGUCUUGGAAUUCAUCCGGGACAGGCUGAAGAGAUCCAGCAAAGGCGUCGGCAGGAUCGAGCUGGCCAUACUGUCACGGAUCUCCGAGUUCGUCACGGACGCGGGCACGUGCGACACGCUGUUGACGCUGAUACUGCCGAUAUUGACGAAGAAGGCGACGCGCGACAGCGAGGAGGCCGUUGCGGAGCUGCUGACGACCGUCGUGAACCUCGUGAGGAUCGUCGACAGACCGGAGACUCAUCUACGCGCCAUCGCGCCGCUGAUGGGCCUCGCGUCGGGCACGAGCGUCCGCAGACUCCUCGUGCUGCUAUGCAACACCGUCGCCGAGAGGUCCGCGGCGGAGCGUCGCGAGGCGUUGACGCGCGAGUGCGGGGUCCUGGGCGCGCUCAACGCCUCGGACCACAGGUGGAUCGAUCAGCCGGAUUUCCAGAAGCGGCUGGACGCUUUCGGGACGAUCACCGGUCUGGCCGAGGAGGGCGCGAUCUCGCUGGAAUUCGGCGCGGCGGUGAUACACAAUUGCUUCUACUUCCUGAGGACCGAGUCUGACCUGGCGAUGAGGGACUGCUCCGGACAGUGCUUGAAGCUCGUCGCGACGACGUUGGCGAGGGAACACCGGAGCGACGCUUCGAACAGGCGUUACCUGAUGGACGACACCGUACUGCUGCUCGCGAGGAAGGGGAUCGUCAGUAGGAACGAGGCCGUCCGCCUGCAGUCGAUCGCGCUUGUGGGUCACCUCGCACUGGAGUGCGCGGACGUGCAUCCCGUCCUGCGGGACCUGUCCCUCCUGGCCAAUCGGGCCGAUCCCGAAGUCGACUUCUUCGAGAACAUGCAGCAUCUGCAGCUGCACCGGAAGGCGCGCGCCUUACUGAAAUUCUGCGCGCUCGCCAAGACCCUGGAGAAGCCGAUCAACCCGAGGACACUAGUGCAGUUCAUCCUUCCCCUCGGCUCGUCGUACCUGUGCAACGAAGCUUACGCUCACAAGAACAGCAUCGUGGACGCCGCCAUCGAGACCGUCGGGACAGCCUGCAGAUUUCUGCCGUGGCACCAUUACGAGAUCGUCCUGAAGCACUACCUGGGCAAACUGAGGAGCUCCGUGGAAUUCCAGAAGCAAAUCGUCCGGGUGAUCGUGGCGAUACUGGACUCCUUCCAUUACGACCUCUCGAAGUACAAGUCGUCGGCGGAGGUUGCGAAAGCUGUCCCGGCCGAAAGGACCGCCGACGAAGGGAAAGUUGACGGGGGAAAUGUGAAUCUCGAAGGUACGCAAGAAGCUAAUGAAAGUAGUGAAGAGGAAUUAGAUGAGGCACUGAACGAUGAAAACGUCGAAAGCAUCGAAGAAGUAAUUGAGAAGGGCAGUGAAGCGAAGACGGAAAGUCUGCUGAUUAUCGAGAGGCAAAUAUUACUUUCUCAAUAUGGAGCGAAGAGGGUGAUAUUCAGCAUAUCGAAUGGCCUGCUGCCCCAGUUACACCGGUCCAUCGUGGCCAGAACUCGGCGGGAGGACACUCACAAGAUCAACAGGAGGAAGAUCGCGUCCGAGACGGAAGAAGACGAUUUACUGCGAGUCCCUAUCGCUCUUGCGCUUGUGAAGCUGCUGCAGAAAAUGCCCGAGGAUCUUCUGGACGCGAAUCUGCCGGGGAUUUUCAUGAAAUUAUGUACAUUCUUGAAAUCGCGCAUGGAAUCGGUUCGACGUGCGACUCGCGAGAUACUGCAGAAGAUCAUGAUAACAUUAGGCCCGAAGUAUCUUCAUUAUCUUUUGAAAGAAACCAAUACACUGUUAACGAAAGGUUUCCAAGUACAUGUCCUUGUGUAUACAGUUCAGUCCGUAUUAUCCGCACUGAAACCGUAUUUCCAAAAGUUGGACAUCAAUCAUAACUUGCAAAGCAUUCUGUCUGUAAGUAUUGCCACAUAUACCAUAAACAGUUUUAAAUUUAUAAGGUCUAUUUUUUCUUUUAACAAAUCAUCAUAUAGGGCUGGGUGAGUUAAUUUUUAUUUUAACACAUUGACUGCCGAGCCGAAAAAGUGCUACACACAUUCAAAUAAUAUUUACUUGACACAUUAACUGCCGGUCACGUGAGGAUGUGUUGAUGGUUACAUAAUUCCCGCCGAACGCGUGACUGGCUACUGAUACAUCACCCCGCGCUGGCGCAUGAUUGGCUUUGUAGCGUUGACGCCAUAUCACGUGCCGGCACGGGAUUGGCAGCGAAAGUGUUAAACUAAGUUAUAAGUUCGAAAUUAGUGGUCUAUCACACACAGUUAAGUUAA